CUCUCACUCUCACAUUGAUAAAAUCAAAGCAAAACGCAGUCUCCGCACGGUCCCUGGCACUGCCACGCCCUCUCUCUCUCUUCUCUCUCUCUCCCCCUCUAAACAACAACAAUGGCUUCUUCUUCAUCUCUGACCUUAUCCCAAGCUCUCGUAGCCAGAGCCAUCUCUCACCAUGGAUGUAACCCAUCAUGGGACCGUGUCUCUCUAUCCACACUCACCAUCCCCACCUUCUCAGGCCUCAAAUCCUCUUCAUCCUCUCCCACUUCUUCAUCGUCCAAGCCUUCUAGGCUCCCGCGCCGCCGGGCGAAUUCGAGCCGACCCGUUCGAGCUGCCGCUGUUGAGACCCUCGACAAGACCACUGACACGUCAUUGGUCGAGAAGUCCAUAAACACGAUCCGAUUCCUGGCUAUAGAUGCCGUUGAGAAGGCGAAUUCGGGUCACCCGGGUCUGCCCAUGGGUUGUGCCCCGAUUGGUCAUAUUUUGUACGACGAGGUCAUGAAGUACAACCCAAAGAACCCCUACUGGUUCAACCGUGACCGCUUUGUACUGUCCGCUGGUCAUGGUUGUAUGCUCCAGUACGCUUUGCUUCACCUUGCUGGCUACGACAGCGUUCAGGAAGAGGACUUGAAGAAUUUCCGUCAGUGGGGAAGCAAGACGCCUGGACACCCUGAGAACUUUGAAACACCCGGCGUUGAAGUAACAACUGGUCCGCUUGGACAAGGUAUUGCAAAUGCUGUUGGUUUGGCCCUUGCUGAGAAGCACUUGGCUGCUCGUUACAAUAAACCUGACAAUGAGAUUGUUGACCAUUACACAUAUGCUAUAUUGGGUGAUGGUUGUCAAAUGGAGGGAAUUGCAAAUGAAGCUUGUUCCCUUGCCGGCCACUGGGGACUUGGAAAGCUGAUAGCUUUCUAUGAUGACAACCACAUUUCCAUUGAUGGCGACACAGAGAUUGCAUUCACUGAGAGUGUUGACACCCGUUUUGAGGGUCUUGGAUGGCAUGUUAUCUGGGUCAAGAAUGGAAACACUGGCUAUGAUGAUAUCCGUGCUGCCAUUAAAGAAGCAAAGGCUGUCAAAGACAAACCAACCUUGAUCAAGGUGACUACAACUAUUGGUUAUGGAUCUCCAAACAAGGCAAACUCGUACAGUGUACAUGGUAGUGCACUAGGUGCCAAGGAAGUGGAUGCUACAAGGAAGAACCUUGGAUGGCCUUACGAGCCUUUCCAUGUGCCUGAGGAUGUCAAAAAGCACUGGAGUCAUCAUGUCGCUGCAGGUGCUGCUUUUGAAGCUGAAUGGAAUGCCAAAUUUGCUGAAUAUGAGAAGAAGUACAAGGAGGAGGCGGCGGAGCUAAAGAGCAUCAUCAGUGGUGAGCUACCUGCUGGUUGGGAAAAAGCACUUCCGACAUAUACUCCGGAGAGCCCAGCUGAUGCCACUAGAAAUUUGUCUCAGCAAAAUCUAAAUGCUCUUGCACCAGUUCUCCCUGGUCUUCUUGGUGGCAGUGCAGAUCUUGCAUCCUCUAACAUGACUUUGUUGAAAAUGUUUGGAGACUUCCAAAAGGAUACCCCAGAGGAACGUAAUGUGAGAUUUGGUGUUAGGGAGCAUGGAAUGGGAGCCAUCUGCAAUGGAAUUGCCCUUCACAGCCCUGGCCUGAUUCCAUACUGUGCCACUUUCUUUGUUUUCACUGACUAUAUGAGAGCUGCCAUAAGGAUUUCUGCCUUGAGUGAAUCAAGAGUUAUCUAUGUUAUGACCCAUGAUUCCAUUGGGCUUGGUGAAGAUGGACCAACCCAUCAACCGAUAGAGCACUUGGCAAGUUUCCGGGCAAUGCCUAACAUUUUGAUGCUCCGGCCAGCUGAUGGGAAUGAGACUGCUGGAGCAUAUAAGGUUGCAAUCCUUAACAGGAAGAGACCAUCUAUUCUGGCCCUCUCUCGGCAAAAGCUAUCCCAGCUUGCUGGAACUUCCAUUGAAGGAGUUGAGAAGGGUGGUUACACUGUAUCAGACAACUCUUCAGGUAACAAGCCAGAUGUUAUUUUGAUUGGAACUGGUUCUGAGUUGGAAAUUGCCGCCAAAGCUGCUGAGGAACUCAGAAAGGAAGGGAAGGCUGUCAGAGUUGUUUCCUUUGUUUCUUGGGAACUCUUUGAUGAACAAUCUGAUGCCUACAAGGAAAGUGUUUUGCCAGAAGCUGUAACAGCUAGGGUUAGCAUCGAGGCUGGAUCAACUUUUGGGUGGGAGAAGAUUGUUGGAAGCAAAGGUAAGUCGAUUGGGAUUGACCGCUUCGGCGCAAGUGCACCGGCAGGAAAAAUAUACAAGGAGUUUGGUCUCACUGCAGAGGCUGUUGUUGCUGCAGCUAAACAAGUUUCCUAGACUUCGGUUAGUAAUUCUGGAAAUUGUUCUUUUAGCUAUUUGGGGUUUGGGUUGGAGAUCACAAUGAAGAGGCCAUAUCUUAAUGAGCUGUUUGAUAGCAGGAGUCUCUCUUUUAAGUUUUUUAAUAAAGGAAAAAAUAUUAAUUUUCUUUUGUUGCCUAUAAUUCUUCACUGGAGCAACAUAGAUCAAUAGAGGAAGUAGGGUGUAAGAAUGUUGGUGUAUUUUGUAACAACUCUCGGACAUAUCUUGAGUUUUUGUAUUGUUCUAUGGUUGAUUAAUGAGGUUCACUUUCCUCCA